AUGGCGAUUUCUUUCAAAUCCGGCGUCUGCUUCCUCCAAUCCUCUAAACCCCAUAUCGGAUUCCGCCAUUCUUCUUCUUCUUCUUCACAUCCUGAUUCUUCGCUUUCUUUCAAGAGAUUGACUCCCAUGGCUGCUCUCUCCACCUCUUCUCCUACCCUCGGCCUCGCUGCUACUUUCACCGAGCUCAAAAAACAAGGCAAAGUGGCAUUUAUACCAUAUAUCACAGCUGGUGAUCCAGAUCUCUCUACGACUGCAGAGGCAUUGAAAGUUCUUGACGCUUGUGGCUCUGACAUAAUCGAAUUGGGUGUUCCUUACUCUGACCCUUUAGCUGAUGGACCUGUUAUUCAGGCUGCAGCAACAAGGUCUUUGGAGAGGGGAACAAACCUUGAUAGCAUCCUUGACAUGUUAGAUAAGGUUGUUCCGCAGUUAUCUUGUCCAGUGUCGCUGUUCACGUAUUACAACCCGAUUCUUAAACGUGGGUUGGGGAAGUUCAUGGCCAGCAUCAGAGAUGUUGGUGUACAGGGACUUGUGGUUCCUGAUGUUCCUCUUGAGGAAACUGAGAUGCUGAGAAAAGAAGCCCUCAACAACAGCAUUGAACUGGUUCUGCUCACGACACCAACCACACCAACAGAGCGAAUGAAGCUAAUUGUUGAAGCAUCAGAAGGGUUCAUUUACCUUGUGAGCUCAAUCGGAGUGACUGGUGCACGAGCAUCUGUUAGCGGAAAGGUUCAGUCGCUCUUGAAGGAUAUCAAAGAGGCAACAGACAAGCCAGUGGCGGUUGGUUUUGGAAUAUCAAAGCCUGAGCAUGUGAAACAGAUAGCUGGAUGGGGAGCUGAUGGAGUGAUCGUAGGGAGUGCAAUGGUGAAGCUUUUGGGAGAUGCGAAAUCGCCAACGGAAGGGCUUAAGGAGCUUGAGAGUCUCACCAAGUCUCUCAAAUCUGCUCUUCUUUGA